CCUCGCCCAGCCAAACUGAAAGCCGGACCCCAGGCCCGCCUCCUCCGCCUCCACCGCCGCCGCCCGGCCUCGCUCGGCUUCACCAUGGACAGUCCCGUUUUCCCCUGGUAAAGAUGGCGGUGCGGGAUCGCUGCCACCUUUAGACUAAUGACUGUCCGAAACAUCGCCUCCAUCUGUAAUAUGGGCACCAAUGCCUCUGCUCUGGAAAAAGACAUUGGUCCAGAGCAGUUUCCCAUCAAUGAACACUACUUCGGAUUGGUCAAUUUUGGAAACACAUGCUACUGUAACUCCGUGCUUCAGGCAUUGUAUUUCUGCCGGCCGUUCCGGGAGAAUGUGUUGGCAUACAAGGCCCAGCAAAAAAAGAAGGAAAACUUGCUGACGUGCCUGGCAGACCUUUUCCACAGCAUUGCCACGCAGAAGAAGAAGGUUGGCGUCAUCCCACCAAAGAAGUUCAUCUCGAGGCUGAGAAAGGAGAACGAUCUCUUUGAUAACUUCAUGCAGCAGGACGCACACGAAUUUUUAAAUUAUUUGCUGAACACGAUCGCAGACAUCCUGCAGGAAGAGAAGAAACAGGAAAAACAAAACGGGAAGUUAAAAAAUGGCAACAUGAACGAACCUGCGGAGAAUAAUAAGCCGGAACUCACCUGGGUCCAUGAGAUUUUUCAGGGAACUCUCACCAAUGAAACCCGAUGCUUGAACUGUGAAACUGUGAGUAGCAAGGAUGAAGACUUCCUUGAUCUUUCUGUGGAUGUGGAGCAGAACACUUCCAUUACCCACUGUCUGAGAGACUUCAGCAAUACGGAAACGCUGUGCAGCGAACAGAAAUACUAUUGUGAAACGUGUUGCAGCAAACAGGAGGCCCAGAAAAGGAUGAGGGUCAAAAAGCUGCCCAUGAUCCUGGCCCUGCACCUGAAGCGGUUCAAGUACAUGGAGCAGCUCCACAGGUACACGAAGCUGUCCUACCGGGUCGUCUUCCCCCUGGAGCUGCGGCUCUUCAACACCUCCAGCGACGCCGUCAACCUGGACCGCAUGUAUGACCUGGUGGCCGUGGUGGUUCACUGUGGCAGUGGUCCUAACCGUGGGCACUACAUUACCAUUGUGAAAAGUCAUGGCUUCUGGCUUUUGUUUGAUGACGACAUUGUAGAGAAAAUAGAUGCUCAAGCUAUUGAAGAAUUCUACGGCCUGACAUCAGAUAUAUCAAAAAAUUCAGAAUCUGGAUAUAUUCUAUUUUAUCAGUCAAGAGAAUAACUUAAAGAACUGUGGGACUAAUCCAAGUGGGGGAAAUGUUCAAAGCACUAUCAUCUUGUUUCUCUGCUGACCCCCUCCUUCCCCAGCAGCCCACUGGUGUUACCACUCCGAGUCUCAAGGGUCUGGCUCGUUCAACUUCUUCCGUGUGUCUCUUUUGUUCCACACAGCACCGCUCCUGGUUUUAUUUUGGUCCGAGGUAGAGUUACCUGCAAUCCGAUUGUAGUAAGAUUUCGAUGAAUAACAGUUGCUAAUUUUAGGACUUGGGUGAAUGCUAUGCCGGUAUGUUUGGAUGCGUUAGAAUGACAUUUCCUAUAAAUGUCGGUCCAUUUUGAGUAUAUACUUAACUUCCCAAAUGGCUUCUGGGGUCCCCUUUCCAUGCGUUUCUUUAAUGUGUCCCAGGAAGCACCGUUACCUGUUUUUUGUUUUUUCUAGCUAGUCUGCCUCUUUCUGACAGAGGAAGGAUCAGAUGGAUGUUCAGUUUUUAGGCAGGGCUGUGACUAUAGCUUUAAGUGUGUGUAAGUGAGAAUGUUUCAAAGGAACCCCGGUAGCUCAAAUCCAUCCUCCCCAUGGAAGAGGCUGACGAGAGAAGCUGUCCAUGGCGGUGGCUAAGCACGGGCACCAGGGUUAAGAUGCCAUAUAUGGAGCUCAGGGCAGACAAAGGCAAGAGGAAGGACUUUUUGUGGACAGUAAGAUGUUGCUCUUCACCUUUCUACCAGAACCAAGUUUUGGGGGAAACCACCUCAAUGGUGUUAAUUUGUAGCCAUGUAUAUGUAUAUGUAUAU